AUGUCUAUUAUCAAAGAAAAUAAUAAAUUCAUAUACACUAAAUCAGAUUAUACUGAUAUUCUAGCCAAUAAAGAUUUUCAUAUGCCUGGUUGGAUUUGGGCACAUUCUACAAUAUUUAGAGCUUUCGAACUAAUUGAGAAUAAAUUAAAUUCAUGGAAUCCAAAAUCAGUUGGUGAAAUAUCCACUGUGGUCAAGGCAAUUCGUAAUGUUUUCGAAUUUCUCCAUCAACAUCAUCACCAUGAAGAUGAAUUAGUAUUUCCAAUACUAAAAGAUCAAUCAGAGGACAUCAAGAAUCUCUUGGUGAAGCUAGACGAACAACACGUAGAGUGGGACAGACUACAAGGUGAAGUAAACGAUAUCAUCAACAGUCUUCUCUCUAUAAAAUCAGUACAAGAUCAAAUAGAGGAUGUCGAUCGAAUCAUUAGAGAGCUUUGCUUGAAAUUCAGUGAAACAAGACACUGUGUUGUAUCUCACUUUUUGGACGAAGAACAAACUCUUCUACCUAUAGUAGUGACCAUACCAAAAAAUAAGCAAAACGAUAUAGCCAAUCAUAUCCAAACACAGUCAAGAAAGGACAGACUUUUUAAAUUCUCUGUUUGUCUUAUAAAUGAUGCUGCACAACAUGAUAAAGCAGUUGAAAACUCAUUCAACAGCGAAGUUCCAUGGUUAAUUAGAAAGUUGGUUGUUGGUCUUUGGAAAAAGAGUGAAUACAAUUGGUUCCUCAAAGCUCUUGAGGUAUAA